AUGGUUUUCAAGACGGUCAACAAUAAUCGGAGAUUGAGUACUAUCAGAACAGUGUUUCAACCAUCGUCUAAAGUGGUGUUGUUAAAAUACGAGGAUAAAACUGAUGUGAUAUUAAAGUUAAUGUGUAAUGAAAUAUUAAAUAAUCAGUUUCCUGUUUUAUUACAUAUCAAUAAUCCCUAUUAUCAUUUAAAUAACCCGUCACAGAAUACUUAUAUUAAUAUACUAACUAACUAUCUAGGUGUUCCCUUACUUUCCUGGGAUCCCGAUAUUACAUCAUUGGUAAGUAGAUUAAUUCAUUUUAACCCCUAUGGCAACAUGUUAUUAUUAUCACCUAGUAUAUCACUCCAGACUCAAGCAAUAUUUAGUAUUUUACAACGGUAUAACUGGUCCGAUAUCUCAAUUGUAACAACUCAACAUACUGGUUCUAUAGACUUUAUUACUUCUAUCAGACAGUUAGUCAGACAGAGUCGAUCAUCAAAAUUCAGUUUCGUAUGCGAAACACCCAAAAGCCAAACAUUACUCGAUUAUCUCUCUUAUCAAUAUGUUUUAACUAUAUCUACUGUUUAUUAUUACAGCAAAGAAACAUCCACAAUCUUGGAAAUAGCCGAUGAAUUGGGAUUGGUAAGCGAGGAAUAUGCUUGGAUUCUGACCCUUGAAUCAAUACCCAAAAACAGUGGAAUGAUUGCUCCUAGAGGAUAUCCACUGGGACUACUGGGAAUAUUCUAUGAAGAUGGGUAUGGUAAAACAGCUAUGGAGUCAGUAUUGAAGAUGUCUGUUGAUGUUUGGGCUCAGGCUUUAAACAAUCUAGCUAGAGACGUGGUGAAAACUCAACUACAGUUACAACCUUUACAGCAUUCCUGUAAUACAACUGGUAGUUUAUACUGGAAAGGUGGUGAUGUGCUGUAUAGGUAUCUAAAAAGAGUGAACAUCCGCUUCCCUAAGCCAAUCAAGUUCAAUGACAAAGGAGUUCUACAGCAAUCAGCCUUCAAAAUUAUUAACUUACAAAAACAGGAGAAGGUUGCCAAUCAUAAAUGGAUAGAGGUGGGAAAGUGGAGCAGCUCAACAGGGUUAACUAUGAGAAGUAUUACAUGGAUGGGAGAAGCUCUAUCACCACCACUGGGUAAACCUUCCAGAGCGUAUCUUAGAAUAGCAACGUUGAAAGAAGAACCAUAUGUAAAUUACAAUAAGAUGCCCGAGGAAGGAUGUGGUCCUCACGCUGUUACUUGUAGAAUUUAUCCACGAGAUGCCUUUAAACACAGAGUAGGUGAUGGAACUAUUAAUGUUUGUUGUUCUGGUCUGUCUAUAGAUCUACUGGUCAGAUUGAGCCAAGAUCUUAACUUUGAUUUUGAUUUAUUCGAGGUAGAGGACGGAGAAUGGGGAGCAGAGGAUGUGAAUAAAGAAUGGAACGGAUUAGUGAAGGUUUUAACGGAUCAGAAAGCUGAUAUGGUCGUCACUGCCUUUAAGAUCUCCCCCGAUAGGAAUACUCAAGUAGCUUUCUCUGUUCCAUAUUUAGAAACCGGUAUAACUAUAAUAGUUUCUAUUAGAGAAGGCGCUAUUUCACCUAAAGCCUUUCUUGAACCUUAUGACUACCCAUCAUGGGGAUUGAUUUUAGUAUUCAGUGUACAUGCUACUGGUAUCAGUAUAUUUGUCUUUGAAUGGUUGAGUCCCAAUGGUUUAGAUAGAGGACGGGUAUCGUCUAGAGAUCAUAAAUUUUCCCUGUUUCGUUCAUUUUGGUUAAUAUGGGCAAUGUUAUUAAGUGCGGCUGUUUCUACAGAUACUCCGCGAAGUGUUUCCAGUCGAUUUUUAGCCAAUUUGUGGGCGCUAUUUGCCUUGGUGUUUCUAGCCAGUUACACUGCUAAUCUAGCUGCCUUUAUGAUAACCAAGGAAGAAUUUUAUGAUUUGUCAGGAAUAGGAGAUUGGAGGCUUCAGAACCCUCAAUCAUUAAAACCACCGUUUAAAUUUGGUACCAUAUCACAAGGUAUAACUGAUAGUAAUAUUAAGAAGAAUCAUUAUGAUAUGUGGAGAUAUAUGAGAAAGUAUAACCAGUCGUCUGUAGCUACUGCAAUCCAGUCAGUUAAAAGCCAAAAAAUCCAUGCUUUUAUCUACGACGCUACAGUGUUGGAAUAUGAAGCUGGCAGAGAUAAAGGAUGUAGAUUAAGAACUGUUGGUAAUUGGUAUGCUAUGACCGGCUAUGGUAUCGGCUUCCCCAAAAAUUCCAAAUGGAUCCAGAAAGUGAAUAUGGUUCUUUUACAACUAGAAGAGGAAGGUAUGAUGGAGAGAUUAAAACGAUUUUGGUUAAAAGGUGCCUGUCAGGUGAAACAGAAACCCGGGACUGGAGUCACUAAAAGUAGUUUCAGUGGUAAAACAGUGUCUAGUCAUACGCUAGGGAUAUUAAACUUUACCAGUGCCUUUAUUCUGCUAGCCUGUGGAAUAGCCGUCGGAACCUUGCUACAUAUUCUAGAACAUUUCUACUUCCGGUGUGGACGUCAGAAUCUACAGAAGGCCAAUGAUAGAGGAUUCUUUUCACUUAUGAGUUAUGCUAUGGGUCAACCAUUAAUGAGAAAAAAUACAGUGAGAGAUAUAGAACCAUAUUAUGUGAAAUAUAGAUGUGAAAAUAGAGCUUGUGAUAUAGAAUACUGGAAAGUACAACAUCAAUUGGACUUUGCUUUAUUAAAAAUAGAUCGUUUACAGAGAACAAUAUCGUAA